UUUAGCUUUAGCCGAAAUUAGCUAGGUGGCCAGAUCAUACAUAUACUUCUCCGAGUCGAGUGUUUUUCUUUUUUUUUUUCAACCGACAGCCCAAGUAAGAGUUUUUUAUUUGGUGCUGCGCGGGAUUUCGGUGCCAAACAUGUAUUUGAAAGCCUCAUUCCGAUGCAGAGACAUGCUGAAAGGAGAAGUGGCCGUGUGAAAUGCUUCAUCAAAGCUAGCUGACGAGCUGGGGCCGAGAAGCGACGGUGGCUAGCGUUACCGAGGGCUAAGCCCAUCACAAGGUGCGCGGUACGUUGACAUACCUGCCGCGAGCAUAGCACCAAGGAUUGAUUGAGAUAGUUCCCUACGUACGAGGAAGCAGUGGGUCUCUCUAGGGCAGAGCCAUGGGUGCGUUCCUGGACAAACCCAAAACGGAGAAGCACAACUCGCACGGAGAAGGCAACGGCCUGCGCUACGGGCUGAGCUCCAUGCAGGGCUGGCGGGUGGAGAUGGAGGAUGCUCACACAGCCGUGUUGGGGCUCCCUGCUCCUGGUAUGAAUGACUGGUCCUUUUUCGCCGUGUACGACGGCCACGCCGGCUCUAGGGUUGCCAACUACUGCUCUAAGCAUCUUCUGGAACACAUAAUCACUGCUAGCAUGGGGGCCGGAGUUCCGCAAGGCUCCCUCUCUGGAUCAGACGGCUCCACCAGCGAUCCUCCAGCACCGAUUCCUCCUUCGGUGGAGGCGGUGAAAACCGGGAUCCGGACAGGCUUCCUGAGGAUCGACGAGCACAUGCGCAGCUUCUCCGACCUGCGGAACGGAAUGGACCGUAGCGGCUCCACGGCCGUGGGAAUCCUUCUGUCGCCCGAUCAUUUCUUCUUUAUCAACUGCGGGGACUCCCGGGCCGUCCUGUACCGCAAUUCGCAGGUGUGCUUCUCCACGCUCGACCACAAGCCCUGCAACCCACGCGAGCGGGAGCGCAUCCAGAACGCCGGCGGCUCUGUGAUGAUUCAGAGGGUUAACGGCUCGCUGGCUGUGUCCAGGGCCUUGGGGGACUACGAUUACAAAUGCGUGGACGGCAAGGGCCCCACGGAGCAGCUGGUCAGCCCCGAACCGGAGGUGGGCGUGAUGGUUCGGGCGCCGGAACAAGACCAGUUCGUGAUCCUGGCGUGCGACGGCAUCUGGGAUGUCAUGUCCAACGAGGAGUUGUGCGAGUUCGUGAAGUCCAGGCUGGAGGUGUGCGACGACCUGGAGAGAGUCUGCAAUGAAGUGGUGGACACCUGCCUGCACAAGGGGAGUCGGGAUAACAUGAGCGUUGUGUUGGUGUGUUUGCCCAACGCUCCCAAAGUGUCAGAGGAAGCUGUGAGGAAAGAAGCUGAGUUCAACAAAUACCUGGAGACCCGAGUGGAAGAGAUGCUGUCUCGGCCAGGGGAGGAGGGGUUUCCUGACCUGGUAACGGUGAUGAGGAAUCUGUCCACUGACAACGGCAUGCCCGCUUUGCCACCAGGGGGUGGUCUUGCCAGCAAACGCAGUGUUAUCGAAGCAGUAUACAACCGUCUGAACCCCUACAGGGAGGAAGAUGGACCCUCCUGUUUCAUUUGAGCGGAGCGGAGUUGGAGUACCACUGGUAGCUGUCCAGCACAACUGCCUGAUCCCAAAAUGAAAACAGGACCACUAUUCCACACGAGAUCACAUUCAUACUCACCUCUUAAUUUCCUCUGGGAUUUUUUUUUUUCUCCUCCCGACACUGAGAUUUAUUCAGAGCAGAAAACCGUGUUUUGUUUUUUUUUUUUUGUUUUUUUUUUGUUUGUUUUUUUGAAAUAAAAUCACACCCAAUGUGGAGGAUUGCACAAAAAAAAAAAGAUUUUGUUGGUUCUUUUAAUGGAACAAAAAUGGGGAAAAGAACCGAAUUCAUGUUCUGAACACAGGACUCCAUACACAGUAUAAAGACCAGAGGACAGGCAAGCAAGCACAGUUUAACGCACCCCUUUGUUUUCUUUCUUUCUAUCUUUCCUUCUUUCUUUGUGGUGGUUGUUUUUUUUUUUGUCAAGUGUUGACGGAGACACAGGAGCAGCCCUGCUCUGGAUGAUUUGGGGCUCCAUGGUGCCUUGCUCGGACAUGAGAGAGAAGGGAGAACCUCACAACUCGUCAGUCAGCCAGCCAGCCAGUCGUCACCAAAAAAAACAGCCACUCGCAGAUGUUUGUAAGACACUGAAAAGACUAAAGUGGUUUGUGGCAUUAUUUGUUUUGUGAAAUUUCCUUGCAAUCUAACUGGGAGCUAAUCGACCACACAAGCCUGCGACUCCCGCGCACUUUAAGCUACGCUGUCCACUUCAGGUUGUCUCCGGUACUCAAAACAGGGCCCUACACUUCACUUAGCUGCGCGCCCGGCCCUCUCUAGAGAAACUCCUGGAUUUAAAACACAUCACCCAAGACCUCUGGGUUAAAGCCUCAAAUUCAGGGCCUUGGACGCCGAUCACCUGAGGCUCUGCACCUGAAAAACAAAAGAACACAUGAGUCACGUCUGGCUGCAAAUUGCGAUCCGACUCCUCCGUCUGAAAUCCAACGAAAACUGUGCUGGUGCGCCUGGCUGCUGAUAGAUUAAGCUCUUGCACGCUCACUUUCUCCUCUCAUUAUCACACAGCUGAUUUGCCACUCGUCCCUUCUCGUCCCUCUUCGCUUCCUCUGUCCUUCCACAUGGACUGAAGAGACUCCUCUUCGUCGGCGGACAUUGCCAGAAUCAUAAGCUUUCUAGCCUGCUGUUGUUUGAAACAUAGAAAGAUAGAAAUUAUAUAUUAAAUUCUUAUAUAUAAAAAUAUAUAUAUAUACAUAUAUAUACAUAGAUAUAUAUUUUGAUUUGUUUGUUUCAUCUAAAUUCCCAGCCAUGGUAUUCAUUGUGGCCUAAUGCUGCGUGUGGUGCGUUCGUGUGCGUACAUUUAAGUGUGUGCGAGUGCACGCAGCGCUCCCACACAGCAGCGUUCCAAAGACAGGGUUCGGGGUAAAGGAAUUCCACCCUCACCUUCUUCUUCCCCCUCUGCACAUGCACACACACAAUCCCGCUCAUGCUACAACUUGCCUUUUCUAUCUCUUUAAAUAUCCUGUGUUUAAAAAAAAAAAAGAAGAAAAAAAAAGUAUGCCUUUGUUUUGAUUGAAAAGAAAAAUCAGUCAUUUUAUUUUUUAAAUCUUUUUUUUUUUAUGUUUGGUAUAUAUGUUUUUUUUUUCUGAUCGUUGUGGUCCUGUUACAUAUUGGAUAAGAAGAAAUACAACAAUGGGGGAGCAUGAAACAUACCUUGUACAGCAUAUUUGGGAGAGAGACGUAGGUUUCACUGUAUGAAGUAAAGGAAGGACACUGCGGACGGAGGAGGAUAAGCAGAGUGUUCACACUGUCGCCUUCGCAACGUUUGCGUAAAAAAGGUGGAAGACAGUUACUGAGGAAUCCCUGCUUUGACUCUUUUUUUUUUUUUCAUUUCCGUCAACUCGAGCACUAAAAAUACGAUUGAAACAAAUCUUUGUCAGGUAAAAAAAAACAAAACAAACUCUUUUCAGUUGUCUUCGAAAGACAUAAAGUAGAUACACAUACCCUGUGUGUAUUCCUUUCUUUAGAUGGAUUUAAAAUACACUAUAAAACUAACAUACACUCCCCCCCCCCAAUCAUUCACUGACAAAUUGUGCUUUCUGAAGUGGCAGUAUUGGGAGAGACAGAGAGAGAAUAGGCCUCACAAGAGUUUGCUGGCUGGUUAACGUUCUUGUGGUACACGUGCUCUUGGUGCCAUAUGACAAAUAGGUACUUGAAUGUGUAGUUCUUUUGCAGUUGUUUUAAUGCAUUGAUCAUUUUUUUUCUUUGUUUGUGUUGGAGGGGCGUGGGAGGGCCGGGGUUUAUAGCGGUGCAUGUUUUGUGACAGGGCGAGGAGUGUUCUGCGGGUGAGAUGCACUGGGUGGGUGGGUGGGGAUAACGUGGGCGCGUUCAGUGUGGUGGAAAACGAUGUUAAAGAGAGCAAAGGAAAAGUGGUGAUGGAGAACAGUCGUCCUUUAAUUAACAUUAACUGCCAUCUGUAAGACUUUUAAAUUCCCAAACUGCAUGCGUUUGACAGAUUUCAUAUCAUUCCCGAAUCAUUCCCGCUACAGACUCCAAGUAUAUAUGUCCUGACUUUUUAACAUGUACAGGGUUUUACCACACUGAACAGUCGUCGGCUUAGGUUUAUGUUUAAGCUAUAUCAGACACUGGGCUAGGAGAGGAAAUAACGGAGGGAAGGAGGGAGAAACAUUUAUUUUUCUGAAUGUAAUUCUUCAUUACUCACACUGAUUCCACUGCAUGGACUGAAUACAACCAACACUGCAGCGGCACAUCCUCUCCUCAUCUGUCAUGUGAUGACAAGACGAGCUCUCUCUGCUUCCUUUGUUUCUAGAAAAGGAAAAAAAAAAAAGUAUAUACUUGAUCAUUACUCUGAUUGUGGAAUAUAGUAUGAGGACUCACAUGGGACGACUCCACCUCGCGCAGAGGAGACUGGAGGUUUGGUGAUGCCUGUUUAAUUUGAUUUGUUUGCUUUGAUAUGCAGAUUACUGUUAAGUAAAGACAAUUUUAUAAAGCAUAUUGCCUCCUGUACCUGUCAGUUUUUCUGGGAAGGAUGGGUCAGUGUUUGGAAACGGCAGACAUUACAUUCCUCGUGUGCUUUUUAGGAUGGAAAUGAACCUAGUACUCUUUGCCACCUCCUCGUGGUGUCUCUGUGGUUGUCUUGGUAUCAGUUGGUGGGAUAUAUAAGGCAGAAAGUGCACAUGUGGUUCUCAAAGUUGAUGCUUGAGGUAGGAAAGACUGACAAGUGAAGGAUUUGAGUGACUUCGACGAGGGCCAAAUGGGCCACAGCAUCUCCAAAACAGGAGCUGUUGUUGGGUGUUCCUGAUCUUCAGUGGUCAGUACCUAUCAGAAAUCCUCCAAAGAAGGAAAAGCAGCAACAAGGCGACAUGGUCAUGGGCAGUAAAGGCUCACUGAUGCACGUGGGGAGCAACAGGUGGCUACCGUUUCUCAGAUUGUUGAAAAAGUCAAUGUUGGUUCUGACAGAAGGGUGUCAGCACUGUUACAAACCUAAGCAUUGUUGCAUUUACAGCCUAUCAUGUAAAUGGCCUCUUUGAGACAGAUAAUGCACACUGCCACAAAGCCAAGAUGGUUCAGAAAUGGUUGAGGAACAUAUCGGUGAGUUCGAGGUGCUGACUUGGCCUCCGUUUUCCCUAAUUUCUAAUCUAAUCAAGCAUAUGUAGGAUUGGACAAACGAGUCUAAUCCAUGGAGGCCCCACCUCGCAGCUUGCUAGACUUUAAGGGUCGUCUACUAACGUCUUAGUUUGGACACCACAGCAGACCCUCGGAGGUCUGGAGGAGACCAUACCUCGAUAGGUCAGCGCUGUUUUGGCAGCGAAGGGGGAACCUAUAAAAUAUUAAGCAGGUGGUCAUAAUGUUAUGGCUGAUGUAUGUAUGAUGCCAAUUCCACGUUGUUUUUAUUUGUUCCAAGCUUAUUAAAAUGCUGUAUUUGAAAAUAGCAUGAGGUAGACUUUGAGCUACACAGGGAGUUUUAAUAAGAGUAUUCACCAUCCCUUCUUCUUGUCCUGAUUUCCCAGUGUUCUAUUGUGAUGUUUACAGACCAUACAGUGAACAUAAACGUCAAUAAAGGAUGGAUUUAAGUUUAAA